CGGGCAUCGCGUCUUUAACUUAGCUCUAACUGCUUGCAUCAACUAAACUCCCAAUAAUGAAGGUCCUCUUCUUCGUUGCCGCCGUCGUCGCCGUCUCGCUUGCCCAAGACCAAGGCCCACCACCACUUCCUAAAUUCUUGGACGGCGCUGAUCAGGCCACAAAAGACGCGUUUGCCGCUUUGGCGCAAACAUUCAAAGAUGAUACUGACAAACAAGUCGAGGAUGCUGUCCAACAGUUCGUCAACGAUCAUCCGGCUAUCAAGGAUGCAUACGAAGCCGAGAAGAAAGAAGUCCUUGCCGCUCAACAAGCUGCUGAAGAAGAACACAAGAAAUUGGUAGCUUCACUCCCACCCGAAGCACAAAAGGCGGAUGCUGAAUUGACAGCUAUCGCUGAUGAUGCUUCACUCACGUUGGCCGCUAAACACGACAAGAUCGUUCAGACCUUCGAAAGCCUCCCACCAGCCGUCAAAGAGGAACUGAACAAGCUCAACCAACAAGGUCAAUCGUAAGGAGAGAAUGAAGCUUGGAGAGAUGAUCAACAGAAAAAAUUAAAUCAGUCACUUAAGAUGGCAGUUGCUCAUCUUAACUGAUCUAAUCUCGAGAUCAUGUCUUCGUCUUCCUCAGCAAAUCACUUAUUAAUUAAUUAAUUAUUUCCAUUCCUAUGAAAUAGAAAUUGUUUUUAUC